UGUGGACUGGAUUGUAGGUGGGGGAAAAUCUUAUCUCUUCUAGCACGCAGCUCGCACCCCGGUCGUCCUCCCCUUGCCCUGGAUCUCUCUGCCGAAUAGCCAUCGACGUGCAGCUUGGCAACCUCAGCCACAUCUCUCCUCCCUCGAUCUGGGUGAUAGGAUCGUAGGCGGAGGACGUCGACGGCGCGUGCUGAUGGGCACCGCGCUCCUGCCACAGAUGCCACACCCUCUCCUUCCAUCGGUGCCACACCACAACCUCCUUCUCCAGCCAUUCUAUUAUCUGGCACCGCACCCCAAUCCAUCCCCAACCUCCUCCGCCUUGCCUUCCGCCUCCUCCACCUCGAUCCAGGCUGAUUAUGGAACGAGCAUCUCUGCUGAGGUGAUCCUCAUGCGAUUCAUGAGCACUAAAUGCAAGUAUCUUAAGCACUCCGUCCCUCCAGCAGCUCUGCUGAUCCAGUUGCACCGAGAAGGACAACAAGGGAAGAGGAAGGCGAUAAUAGUCUACGUCGCUUCUGGGAGUGAAGACGAUCAGUUUGAGGUGGAUAUAUAGUGUGGUGCAACUAAUUUUGUGAUGUUAUUUGACCCUGAGUUUUAGGUCUAAUUGCUUAAGAAUAGAUGAAAUACUAAAAUGAAAUGUCCGGUUUUCUAGUUUUGUAAAACUUUGAGGAUACCUGUUAGGGCCAAUUUUCCGGGACAUAUAAUCCCAACAAAUGACCCCUGUGUCAUCACCAACCCCAGGAUUACUGUUAGCUGGUGGACACUUCCUUGAUACAGAAUUCCAAGCAAUUAUAAGAACUUGAGUACAAGGCCACAAAGGUCCAUUGAAUAUAACAAGGGUAUCUAGUGGUCGA